CCUCAACUCCAUCUUGUCCUACCCGCUCACUUUCUCCCUCGCUUGAUGCAGCUUCCACACACCUGCACUGCUCUUGUUGGUGUCUAAGAACUGGUGAGACACAAAAACAAAGGGGCAAUGCGCUGACACUUACCCCAUCUCGCUGGUCUCCUCCACCUCUCUGGAUUUCUCCUGCUCCUCCUCGUCCCUCUGUAAGGAAAAGGAAUAUCUGUGAGUGUGAACACAGCUGCUGAGACCACGGAAUACAGUUUCAUUCUGGAUCUGCUGUCAAUUAUCCAAUAAUGACCGGGAUCCGUCGAGCUGCCUCGGCUGCACAGGGCACCCCAGCCACACCAAGUGGCUUGCCCAAAGUAACAACUAUCCCAGGCCCAACACAGUCCGGAGGCCACAGUCCGAACAAGUUCAUGAGUGAACUACGCAGCAUCCACAUGCCCUCAUGGGCUGUUGCUGCCCUGUGUAUCGUGACUUUGUGCAUAGUGCUGUCGUGUGCUGUGUGUGUUUGGAAGAAGUGCUUGAAAAAGAAGGACAAGGACAAAGAAAAGAACAAGAAUGGAAAAGAGAAAAGCAAGGGAGGCUUUGACACUGAAAUGGAUGGAGGUUACAACGAGCCUCUGAAGGAUGAAGGCAACAAAGAAACAGAGAUGUCAGAUAAUGAUCACAAGGAAAAGGAGAAGCUGGGCAAUCUACAUUUCACAUUAGACUACAACUUCACAGAUAAUACGCUGGUAGUGGGCAUCGUGCAGGCUGCAGAACUGCCAGCCAUGGAUGUGGGUGGUAGUUCUGACCCUUAUGUUAAACUCUAUCUGCUGCCGGACAAAAAGAAAAAGUUUGAAACCAAAGUUCAUAGGAAGACCCUCGAACCCAACUUCAACGAAACUUUCACAUUUAAGGUACCAUACACUGACCUGGGCGGGAAGACACUAGUGAUGACAGUGUACGACUUUGACCGUUUCUCAAAGCACGAUGCCAUAGGAGCUGUGAAAAUACCAAUGAGCAGUAUGGACUUCAGCCAGUCUCUGCAGGAGUGGAGGGACCUGCAGAAGGCAGAGAAGGAGGAGAGUGAGCGGCUUGGAGACAUAUGUUUGUCCUUGAGGUAUGUGCCUACUGCGGGGAAACUGACAGUGGUGAUUCUGGAGGCCAAAAACCUAAAGAAAAUGGAUGUGGGUGGAUUAUCAGACCCUUAUGUGAAGAUCCACUUAAUGCAGAAUGGGAAACGACUCAAGAAAAAGAAAACAACGAUAAAGAAGAACACUUUGAACCCGUACUACAACGAGUCUUUCAGCUUUGAAGUGCCAUGUGAACAGAUAGAGAAGGUUCAGAUAGCAGUGACUGUGUUGGACUACGAUAAGAUCGGGAAGAAUGACGCCAUCGGGAAAGUGUUGCUAGGCGAUAACGGCACUGGGACUAAGCAAUGCCAUUGGUCAGACAUGCUGGCUAACCCUCGGCGACCAAUAGCUCAGUGGCACAGCAUCCAACCAGAGGAUGAAGUCAACGCACAAAUUUCCAACAAGAAAUGAAACUGUGAUGCCAGUGAGCUAUGAAAUCUUGCAGCAUUAUCUCAGCUACUUCAAAUUUAUGUUUCUACAUCUGCCUUUAUUCCCCUUAAAAAAGUCUAAGCUGCCUAACUAAAUGAAUGUAUACUCUGUUUUGCCCUUGAUACUAUCAGAGACACUAUUAUGUACUUGAAUCCUUCCUUCAGUAAUUCCCUACUGUUUCUGCUACAAAGAACUUUAAACAAAGAUGUAUCACCAUGUACAGUGCUAUU